UGUAGGUUAUGCUUCCUUGGGGAAGUGGGCGGUUAAGGGAAAUGUGGGCUGGAUCUGGAGAAAAGGAAGAAUAAAGGAAGUCUGCUACUGUGAAGAAGGGGCUCAUUAGCUUGUUUCUAAUCCAGAGAAAUCUUUAAAUCCUGCCAAGUUUCUGGACCACCACGAAGUCCCUUCAGUUACUUCAAGGACGUCGGACAUUAGAAAAUACUAUCAAAAUCACUUCCCCCAGAUAACAACCUGGUUUUCCUUAUGUUAAAUACGGCAUCUGGCUGAUGAGCAGGGUUGUGAGGCCGCCGAGUGAGGCAGAGGUGUGGACCUGGGAAACAGAGGACGAUGACAUGGCAGAAGGCGACUUAGGGUAUGGCCUCGGAAGAAGGCCCGGCGGUAUUUACGAAGUGCAAGUUUCACACCUACCGACAUCAAGAAAAAGAUCUGAUGGCAAGAACUUCAGCCCGCCCCCACUUCCAGGAAAGGGGGAAGAAAGAAGUGGUGCCAUUUUUCAGUAUUCCAGGCAUAAGAGCUUGCAAGAUACAUACCCCGCAGAGCCCAGAACUUCCCACUACACACGACAGAGUAGCAGUGAUUCUAAUUCAGAAUUGUCAAAUGUAGAAUUAAAGCGACGUCUUCAGGAUACUCUAGAGGAGGUAGAAAUUUUAAAAACUGAACUUGAGGCAUCUCAAAGACAACUAGAAGGUAAAGAGGAAGCACUAAAAAUUCUUCAAAGCAUGGCAAUUUUUGGCAAAGCCACAAGUCACACCCAAAUGAUGCUGCAAAAAACUAUGGAACAAAAGAGAUCCUUGGAGAAGGAAAUAAAUGCCCUGCAGUGGGAAAUAGAGUUUGAUCAGAAUAGAUUUAAAAAUAUAGAGGAAUCAUGGACCCAAAAAUAUGACAGGCUAAACUGUGAAAAUGCAGUCCUCCAAGAAACUUUAAAUGUAAAAACAGAAGAAAUUAAAAUGCUCAAGUCGGAAAAUGCACUUUUAAAUCAACAGUAUUUAGAGGCCCUCGCCAUGCUUGAUGUCAAACAGCAGAUGGUGGCUCCGGAAAACGUGUGCCAUGAUAAAAGUGGUUUUACAGAGGUUUCAGGUCUUGAGGUAGGUAAGCAGCUUGCUGUCCUCGGAGCCUGCCUCUGCCAUGGCCCUAGAGGGAGGCCCUGUGAUUGUGCCAAAAUGGCAGCGUCUGCUCGCGGAAUGCUUCUUAAGCUCAAACAGGAGCUGGGACUUUUGCAGAAGAGUAAAGAAGAAGCUUACAUAAUGGCAGAUGCAUUCAGAAUUGCAUUUGAGCAACAAUUAAUGAGGAAAAAUGACCAGGCACUGAGAUGGACACAAAUGGAUAAAAUGUAUACAAAAGCAACAAAAUGGAUAAAUUGGAAGCACCUUAAGGAGGAUGGGUUACCAUCACGAGGAAGUAAGAAGACCUUAGGGCAGAAACUGCUGGGGAUGCUCCCUUCAGAAAACAGUUCUAAGAAGACCGAUGACCAGAAUAACCCUCAGGAGGUCUUUAAGAUGCUAACAGAGUUGAUGGAGAAUACCAUGUGACAAGGCAUGUGGACUGCCUUAAGAAGCUGGGAAAGGCCUCUGGCUGACAGCUACCAGGACAAGAAGCACGUGCAUUAAAAUUACAUGAAAUGAAUGAGUUUGGAAGCCAAUUCUUCCCUAGAAACUCAGAUCAACUGACAUCUUGAUUUUGACCUAUGCAAAAAACACAGUUGGGCCAGGUCAGACAUCUGGCUUACAGAACUGUGAGCUAGUAAAUUUGUGUUACUUUAAGCUGCUAUAUUUAUGGUAAUUUUUAUACAGAACAAGAAAAAUAACAGUCCAUAAAGCAUGAGUAUGUAGUGUUAUAUACAUAAUAUAUAUUUUUAUAUAUUAAAUGAAUAUUAAAUAAACUAGAUUUAUAUGUAUUAACAUGGAAGGAAUUAAAGUUUUGAGUAAAAAAAAUUAUGAGAUGUACAGCCUAUCACUCAUAAAAUUUUGAGACCCAAAACAAUAUGGUGUAUUAUUACACGUAUUUUUAUAAAAUAGCAGUAUAAAAUCAUGGAAGGACACACUCAUUUCCUAAGAGUCACUCUCCUUUCGGGAAGGUGAAAAGGAAAAGAAUGGAAUGACAUAUUAAAGGACCUCAAUUUCAUUUGUAAUUUUUUCUUCUUUUUUUCCUAUUUAGUAUAUUAACAUUUGUUAACUCUAGGUAGGAGGUAUAUGCUACAUUUCUACUCCUGCUUCAAUUUUUGAAUACUACCCCUGCUACUACAAAUCUGUGGCCAGAUCACCAAAGUAACUGAUGAUUAUUUUUAUUAAGGUUUCCUUAAUGCAUUUUCAAUUCUACAUUUCAGAGAAUUGAACUUAAUCUUACUUUUGCACUCUCAUCAAAAAAAUCAGAAUUAAGUUUGUUUUAAAAUACAUUUAAUAAAAAUAAUCCAGUUUUACAUAUUUUACAUGUGUGGAAUAUUUACAAAUUCCUUCUACAGCAUUUACUAAACGUUUACUAUUUCUCCAUUAUUUGCCUUGACUAUUUCCUUCAGUAGUAAAAUACUGUCCAGUGAUCUCUGUAACUAAAAAAUUAGCUUCUUGGGUAAUCCUCCUAGGUGAAAAAAAAAUGAGGUUGUUCACAUUUAAUCUUAACAGCAAUUCUAACCAGUCACUGCAUUCCAACUACAUUCAUUUUACUUGCUUUGAUUUGCUAAUAAGACUUAUUUAACAUUAAGCAUACAGGAUACCAGUAAAAAUUUAUGAAGAAAAUAAGGUACAUAUUGGUAAGUUCUCGCAACUCUGAGGUAUACUCAGAAGUGCCCAUAUCCUUUUAAAAAGCUUGAUUUAAUUAUUUUCAGUGGAAACAAAUAACACUAAAAUACCACAUUCUGUACCACACUUACGAAACAGCUCACAAUCUACAUUUCUUAGCUGCCCCUCGAUCACUAGCUAUAUAUGACCUACUUGGGAGUUUUCUGAAUUCAUUUCUUAUGAAAAUGAAAGUUUUACCUUGUUCCAAGGCCUGUGUUCUCUUCCGUUUUGUUGCUACAGCUGGAUUUGACUGCUCCUUUAGAGUUUCCAAUGGACAGUUUGGUCUUGGCAGCUGACAUCCAGGUGUUGGCCCUGGCCGAUUACUGAAAUAUUUAGUUUUCAA